UCAAUUUCCUAAUUAGGAAAUUUUGGCAAUUAAAUUUUUUUUCUUUGGCGCGGGUUCCCCAUAUUUUUAAAAAUUCACCUUUCCUAUUUUGAAUAACUCUGAUUUCGUUGAUAGUCUGAAAUAUGAGCUAUAAAAGCGUUGAAAUAUUCCCUUAAUUUUAGAUAAAACUUAUACUUCGACUUUUUAAUACCAUCCAUACCCUUUUUAAUAGAACACUUCCUGCUUCAUAAGCAAUAAUGCAAUUAAAUACCAUUUUAUUAGUCUCCAGUGUGCUUUUCGGUCUCACUAAAGCUGCUGAUUCAUCAGAUGCUGCUUUUUUAACUGCCUUUGUUGGUGAUUUUAAUAGCAAUAAGAAAGAAUAUAUUCAAUUUAUUGCCACAGCUACAGGGGUUCCAGCAGUUGUAACAUCAUUGGCCCUUGAGGUUGCUACUUAUACCGAUGAUUCAUAUACUACCUUAUUAGAUGAUCCAAAUAUCAAUGUAUCUAGUUUGGAGGCUUUUGCUACAAAUUUACCUUGGUAUACCAGAAUUGUUGCUGAAGCUGAUGGUGCCAUUGCUUCGAGUGCUGCUUCCAGUGGUCCUUCAGCUUCCGCUGCCACUUCAUCACCUGCAUCAACUACAUCUGCUGCUUCUACUACUUCAUCAGCAGCAAAAUCUACAUCUUCUUCCGCCACAACAGCAUCCUCAUCUUCUCACGCUGCAGGUUCAGCAUUAUUUGUUCCUGUUGGAAGUGUUCUUGCAGCUGUUGCAGCUGUUUUAUUAUAAAGUUAAUCACAAACUAAUAGAUGAUACGAAACUAAUAACGUUAUAAAAAUACAUAGAUCGAACUUGUUAGCAUUCGUUUAAUAAAAGUAUUUUAUUCAUGAAAAUGAAGUUGUAAGACUGUAGUCGUAAUAUAGAUUUGACUUUACUGUUUAUUAGAAAACACUUGAAGACUUUUCACUUAACAAUAAAAUUUUCAGAUCAUUGGAGAUUCUUUCAUA